GCAUCCUCCGCUGCUCAGUGGCUCCACACCUGACUGUCUCCAUCAGAUGCACAGAUGAUGGAGCUCUCCGUGCUGCCGGGUUGUUAUCCUGUAGCCACCAUUUCGCACGUCCACAGCCCCGACACAUGUUCUACAAAUGCUCUGAUAACUGGACUUCAUCUUUGAUUUUUUUUUUACUGGGAGUUUCAUUUGUAUGCCUGAUCAUUCAGUUGGAUGGGGGUGUUCGCCUUUUUUUUUUUUUUUUUUCAUUUAUAGUGACUGCUGAGUGGUCGGAUCGAGGGGGGGGGGGGUCUUGUGUGUUUUCCUGGAGAAAAAAAAUAGCGAACAGGAGUGGAUUGAUGCUGCGUCGCUGGUAAAACACCAGAAAUGGGUGUCAUUGAACCAAGACGGCAUAUCGCGGUGAAGUCUUGGGCCAGAUUUUCCUUGUUCUCCUGAUAAAAAAAAACAUCUGCUCGAUCCUGGUCUUAAAGCUACAAUCCCGCAAGUUGCUACACUGAGCAGGCUUCAGUCAAGCAAACAAAUGGUCCAAUCAAUAUCCACUGGACAGAGUGUGCCAUAGGGAGGCCAUCAAUAUCACGCUAAUACACCUGACACACGAACACACACAUUCGAGUACACACACACAACACACACACACACACACACACACACACACACACAGUAGCCAUGGCGCUGGAGAACUCGGUCCUACCCACCCGCCCGGACUCCCUCUCCCUCCCUGUGGACGAGAAAGGGGAAGGGGAAAAGGUCGAGGUGGCUACGGAAGUCACCGCCUCCACCGGCGUCUUCAACCUGUCGGAGGAGCUGGGCCACGUGGUCACCACGGAGACGGCGCCGUCCCCUCCGCCACCGGUCAAGGAAAAAAGGUCCUUCCAGAACAAGCUGGCCGAGCGGGAGGCCCAAGCCAACAACCAGCAACCGAGGAAGAAGACGCAGGGGACGGAGAAGGAGAGGGGACGAUUCGGGUGGGUCCGGACUCGGCGUAAGAGGCAGCGCUACGUGGAGAAGAACGGUCGCUGCAAUGUGCAGCAUGGUAACAUGAGGGAGACUUACCGCUACCUGACCGACAUCUUCACCACACUGGUGGACCUCAACUGGCGCUGCUCGCUCUUCGUCUUCGUCAUGGCCUACGCCGUCACAUGGCUCUUCUUCGGGGCUAUCUGGUACCUCAUAGCCUACUGUAGGGGCGAUCUGGACCAUCUGGAGGACGAGACGUGGACGCCGUGCGUCAACAAUGUCAACAGCUUUAUCUCAGCUUUCCUCUUCUCCAUCGAGACGGAGACCACCAUUGGCUACGGCCACCGUGUCAUCACAGACCAGUGUCCAGUGGGCACCAUGCUGCUGCUGCUCCAAGCCAUACUGGGCUCAAUGGUCAACGCCUUCAUGGUGGGCUGUAUGUUUGUAAAGAUCUCACAGCCCAACAAACGGGCAGAGACACUGGUCUUCUCCAAACACGCCGUCAUCUCUUUAAGGGACGACAAGCUGUGUCUGAUGUUCAGGGUGGGCGACCUGCGGAGCUCCCACAUCGUAGGGGCCAACAUGAGGGCCAAGCUCAUCAAGUCCAAACAGACUCAGGAGGGUGAGUUCAUCCCGCUGGAUCAGACGGACAUCAGCGUGGGCUUCGAGACAGGCGACGACCGCCUCUUCCUGGUGUCGCCGCUCGUGAUCUCCCACGAGAUCGACACUCAUUCGCCCUUCUGGGACAUGUCGCAGGGUCAGCUGGAGAAGGAGGACUUUGAGAUCGUGGUCAUCCUGGAGGGAAUGGUGGAGGCAACCGGGAUGACGUGCCAGGCGAGGAGCUCCUAUCUCGCGGAGGAGGUGAUGUGGGGUCACAGGUUUAGCCCGAUGAUGUCACUGGCAGAGGGCUUUUUUGACAUCGACUACGGAGCCUUUCAUCACACAUUCGAGGUGGACACGCCAUCCUGCUCAGCGCGAGAGCUCUCAUUGGCUGCGGCCAGGCUCGAUGCUCACCUCUACUGGUCCAUCUCCAGCAGGCUGGAUGAAGAACCCACUCUGACCAACCAGGCGGCAAAGCAGCCGGACAGCGGCUCGGCCAACAGCAAAGGAGGGGAGCCGACCUUCAUCGUCGGGGAGAUGACCGACAUCCAGGAGCAAACGGGACUGGGCGAGCUGAACGGCAGCGUCGCCACCGACCAAUCCGAAUCAGAGGCCUAGGACAGAGAAUGUUUACAAAGACAUUACGUACACAUCCACCAAACCACUAUCAAUGUUCGCAGAUCUUUACUUUCAAGGCAAAUGAGUAGUUUCAUAAGCAUAAGUCGUUCAGUAUACACCAUAUCUUACGUUUCCGUUUGAAGGAGUUUAUUCUUAUAUUUUGUCUUAUCUGAUUUCUUUCUUUAUCUUUGUUACAAGUUUGUGUGAAAUCGUUUCAAUAUGUUGUGUUAGCUCUAAUCACCCUUGCCUAUAUCUACAUUUAAAUGACAAAUACUAUGCUUUAGGUUGGGGUCAAUAAUAGUAUAUCCUGUGGACAAAGGGAGAUGGAGGGAUUUGUCUUGUCGGCCAAAUAAGUGUGCACAUUGUGGGAUUGUUCACAUUUAAAAAUAGGUACAGUGCGUAGAUGCUAUAUUUUCCCCUGCGCAUGAUUAUAAUUAGAUGAUAUUGAGGUAAAGACUCAAAUUGCAGAAACCUUAAUUUCCUUUAGAUGCGUUGUAAAUCAUCAGGUAUUAUCAGGGUUGGAACAUAACACCAGCCCACAUCUGUCUACUCAGCUAAAACUACACAACAACAGGUGGUGCUAGAAAAUUAUAUUUGAAUAAUCUGUUUAGCUGGCAAAGAUUUAUAAAAGGGGCAAAAUGGGCAACAAAUGUGGUUUCUUGGCCUGGUUGUAAAUGGUUUCUAAUGUCCCAGAGGCAUUGGGGAGUCGUUUUUAUUGGUCAGAGAGUAAUGAGAUGUGUUGCACCUGAGACCACACCCAGCAGUGAUGUGACAAAGAAUGGACAACACAUCUUCAACUCCUUUUGUAGGAAAAAAGUGAAGCCAAAAUACCCCCGCAACAGACACUGAUGUCUUGCUAAUCUGCUUGUAGUUAAAGUUUGCCCCAUGUCCCAUCUGUUAACAUGGAGUAAGAGGGGUUUAGGACCUAUACUGCAGCCAGUCAGUAGGGGGAGCUCUACAUCUUUUGACUUCACUUUGAGGGUUGUGUGUUGUCCAUUUUUACUUACAGUCUAUGGAGUACACAGCAAGGUGUCAAAUUAAAAAAGUGAAGGUCAAAAAACAGGAUUGAUCAGUGAGUGUUGAGUUCCUCUUCAAUACCACUGGAACAUUUCUGAUAUUCCUAUCUUCACAUUACAUCACAUUAUGGUGAAUAGGGUACCUACUUUAAACCAAAACCUUUAAUAUAGAGACAGGUUAACACUAGAGUGUGUCUGUGGCUCUGUUCUACGUACAAUGUGUGUAGCACAAGGAUAAUAUAUCUUUUGUCCCCGGCCGAGUAGAAACUACAAGCACAACAGUGCCCUGCUCAGUUCAGCCCAAACUCCUGCUUCUGCUGCUGCGUAUACAUGUGGCCACUUUUACUUGAUGUUUUUUAAUAUAGCACAUCUAUUAGAGUUAAUAAACUACAGUAUAUUCCAGA